AUGAUUAAUUUAAAAAAUUUGGAUUUUCAUUUAGAAAAUUUAUGUGAAUCUAAUAGAUGUUUUAAUGAUGAAGAGAAAUUGGGUUUACUUUAUGGUAUGAUUAAUUUAGAAGACAAAAUAAAGAAGGAAAUUUAUUUAUGGGGGAAAAUAGAAGGAGUUCAAAAUGAUUACUAUAUAACUUACUAUUUUAAUUAUGAUGAUUUUUUUCCAAACAAAAAAUUUUUUUAUUGUAAUAAUGAUUAUGAAUUUCACGAAAUAAAAAAAGGAAAUGAUACAUUAAUAAAAAACAUUGAAAAAAAAACACCUUUUACUUUGUUUAACGGAACACCAAAUAGUUUUUAUUGGAGAAAUGAUAAAAAAAAAAUGAGAAAAGAAAAAAACAAUGAAGAUAGUGAAAAUGAAGAAAGUGCAAACGAAGAUAGUGAAAAUGAAAGCAAUGAAAGCAACGAUAAUGAAAAUGAUGAUAAUGAAAAUAAUGAUAGUGAAAAUAAUGAUAAUGAAAAUGAUGAUAAUGAAAAUGAUGAUAAUGAAAAUGAAGGUAGUGAAAAUGAUAAUAAUAAAAAUGAAAAAAAUAUUAAAGAUAAAAAUGAAAUGGUAGAAAAAAAUGAAAAUAAUAAAAAGGAUGAUAAUCAGAAUGUUAUAGAACUUGAAAGAUUGUCUUAUAUUGUAAGAAAAAUAGAUGAAGAAGCAUUUAUAAUACCUUACAACUCAGUGAAAAUUACUAACAAUCUAGAAGUGAAAUUUUCCAAUUUUAGCGGAUUAAACAUUUUAGAUGCAUUAAAAUUAACAUCGUGGGUUCAUUUUAGAUACCCUAAAAAUUUAACAUAUGAUAAAAUUAAAAAUUAUGACACUUUUUUUUUAAAUAAUUUUCUAGAUUCUAUUGAGUCAGAUAAUCCAACAAAUAUGUGGAAUAUCAAAAUAAAUGAAGAAUUAAGUAAAAUUUCUAUUAUAAACCAUUUGUAUCCUGGUUAUAUUUUUUAUCAUAUUCUUAAUACCCCAUUUUAUGCUUCCUUAUAUAUAGGGAAUGGAAUAUCUAACUACGAUUUACCUUUUUUACUACCUUAA